AUGCAAAAAUAUCAGUAUUUAAGAGCAGCUUGUCCACAAGAAUUAAAACAACUUCAUGUUGAUGAAUUAAACGAUAUUUCAUUUAUCGAAGCAUGUAAACUUUAUGUACGUGGGGCAGCGAGCGGAAGCACAUGUGAUUGUAAAUCAAAAUGUGCCACAAAGCACUGUCCAUUGGUUAUUAUCAGAUUUACAUACAAAUAUAGUAUUAAAAUAAAAACAACAACAGUGAAAGAACAUGAGACUUUAAGGAUAACAUCUUCGGUAAAUCUAGCUGAUGAAAUUUAUUUAAAAAUUGCAAACAUUAUUCCAUGUAAAAAUAUUUCGUAUGCACGUAGUGCGGAAAAUAAUUCGGCAAAAAUAGAUAUUUUAAAUACAUGUUCGUCUGACUUUUUUUCUGUUCAAUCAACAUUAUCCGCUCAAGAGUGGCUUUACAAUCAUCAAAAUCCAGCUGACUGCUCAACAGCACGCAUCGCUGUUAUAAAUAAUUAUGCAUGGUCUGGAAUGGGCUCAUCUAUACAUCAAAUUGUGUGGACUAUUGCUAAAGUGUUAGAGGAUAACAGAAUAUUUGUCUACGCCACACCAGGAAAUUGGAUGUGGGCUGAUUGUGAUGAGAAAAAUCCUAACUGUUUUUUUAUUCCAGUUUCAAAUUGUAAAUCAUCAGGCGAGAUUGAUCAGGGUCAUUCAGCUAAAAUUAACCAUCAAAAACUGCAUCUUUGCACUGCAUAUUCGUCAUUUCAUACCGCUUAUGGAGCGUCUGUAAUCAGUGGAAACUAUGGACAUUAUGGAUCAACUGUACCGCCUGAACCAUUUUCUAAUCAAAGUUUCAACUGGUGGCGUGCACAAUUAGCCUUUUACGUGACACGUUUCAAUAAGCGAGUGAUGGAACAUGUUAAACGAGUUUCUCACGAGAUAUUUCCUCAAGGUAUAGAGCAUUCUAGACCAUUGAUCGCGCUCUUCAUUCGCCGUUCAGAUAAAGUAGCAACUGGAGAGAUGAAGAAAAGUUAUACUUUAGAGAGCUACUUUGAUCUAUUCGAUAGUGAUGCCAGACGAGCUUCCGUUCGAAAUUUAUAUCUAAAUUCAGAAGAUGAUGAUGUUUUUAACGAAUUUCAUAAAAAUCAGCAUCUUGUCCGUUAUUAUCGUUUAUUUUAUCUGAAUCAAACUCGUGGUUACACUUUUUCUAGUUGGUUAGAAGAAUCACCCGAACGACAGUCACAAAUAUCUCUUGCUUUUCUCACUGAUCUUUAUAUUGAAAGUAACGCCGAUAUGCAUGCAGGAACAUUAUCAUCAAACUGGUGUCGACUAAUUGAUGAAAUCAGACUAAGUGCGGGCAAGACAAUACCAUUUUAUACUCCUGAACAAGAAUAUUACCAGGGUUUUUAA